AUGAAAUCGCAAAAUUUUGAUGAUAAACCUGUAAUUACGAAAUCAAAAAGAGGAAGAAAGGCUCUUGCUGUAAGCGAAGAACUUGACGUGACAGGAAAAACUCAUUUCAUGGUAGUAAGAAGGCCAGAUCAUCCGACGCCAAAAAAAAAGGCACCAAAGACUCCAAAAGCCAUAAUACCAAGUAAUAAUUAUUGUGCACAAUGUGAACAAAAGGAUAAAGAUAUCGACGAACUUAAUGAUCAAAUUAAAAAAUUAAAAACCAAUACGCAACUUAUUGAUAAAUCAUCCAAUAUUGUAGCAGCGGAUUUAGAUAAUUCAUCUAAUCAAAUUAAUCACGAGCUAUUUGAAGGAGUUGGAAUGCAAUUACAAAAUCAAUUUUCAACAACGACAAUCACAUUAACACCAACUAUCAGAGACCUUUAUGAUCGAAUUGGAAAAAUAGAACGUCAUCUAAAUAUGUCAAUUCCUCAACCGCUAUCUUUCAUUGGAACAGAAAUGCCUUUUGAGAUGCAAUGUCAAAUGGCACCGACAACUUUAUUAACGCACCCGUAUGAACCAGAAGAUUUAACAAUGACAUCAGAUUUGAGUCCUUUCAAUCUACCCAAACAAUAUUAA